GUCUCUCUCCCUCUCUCCGCACCAUUUGCUUACACGUUUCUCCCGAAAUUUUCUUUCCGUGGUGGAAACUUUUCCGGAACAGAAAAUUUUGUCUUUUACUUCCACGGCCAUUGUUUUCAUCGACCUUUUGUUUCUAUUUCUUUUUGGCAGGAAAGGUCAAAAUCUCUUUUGGGUUUUGAUCAUGGGUGGUGACUCUCCAACCUUUGAGAUGAUAGAUGGUCGCACUUCUGAUAAUGACUGUGAUAAGGAAGAGAAGGGAAAGAGACUAUGGAAGAAAGUAAAAUAUCAGCUUAUUGAAUACCAUUCAUUGCCUAUGUUCUUAAGGGACAAUGAGUUCAUUCUGGGUUAUUACCGAUCAGAAUGGCCAUUGAAGCAAGUGUUUCUAAGCAUGUUCUCUAUCCAUAAUGAAACUCUUAAUGUCUGGACGCAUUUGAUUGGCUUCUUCCUUUUCCUUUUCCUCACCAUUUACACAGCAACAAGAGCUCCAGACCUCAUGGAUCUUCGUUACCUACAACGUUUGCCUGACAUGAUUAGAAGUGCUGAUUUCCACAAAAUUCAUCCAGAACUGUUGAAUUGCCUCCCUUCAUUACCUAACCUGUCUGAUUUUAAGACAUCUUUGCCGUCUAUGGAUUUUCUUUCUUCAGUUUCAGGGAAUCUAGUGGAACUUGUCACCAAUUGCUUGCCUGAGCGAUUAUCCCAUUCCUACCAAACCGAGAAUUCUGUUCCGCACGGAGUAACAGAUGAUGUGAUGAACAUGGUUGCUCCCCUUAUGGUUCGACCAAUUACAAGGUGGCCUUUUUUUGUCUUCCUAGGUGGAGCCAUGUUCUGCUUGCUAGCCAGUAGCGCAUGCCACCUCCUUGCUUGCCAUUCAGCACGCCUUUCCUACAUCGUUCUAAGAUGUGACUAUGCAGGCAUCGCUGCGCUCAUUGCAACCUCCUUUUACCCUCCCGUUUACUAUUCCUUCAUGUGCAACCCCUUCUUUUGCAAUCUGUACUUGGGAUUCAUAACAAUUCUUGGUAUUGCCACCAUGGCUUUUUCCCUCCUUCCAAUGUUUCAAGGACCCAAGUUCCGCAGUACUCGUGCCUCUCUCUUCUUUGGGAUGGGCGUGUCUGGUGUGGUUCCUUUAGUUCAUAAGCUUAUACUGUUCCGGAAUCGGCCUGAGGUCCUCCACACUACUUGUUAUGAGGUGUUAAUGGGAGUCCUCUAUGGAUUGGGCGCGGUGAUAUAUGCUACAAGGAUACCGGAGCGGUGGAGACCAGGAAAGUUUGACAUUGCUGGCCACAGUCACCAACUUUUUCAUAUAUUGGUUGUGGCAGGAGCUUACACACAUUAUCGAGCAGGACUCGUCUAUCUAAGAUGGCGGGACUUACAGGGUUGUUAGAAUUGAGUCUUGGGUUCCAAGCAUUUUGGUCAUGGUUGACAGGGCUCUCCUAGGCAUUCUGUGUUUGAGGUAUUGCACCUUGUCAUGAAUCAAGGCGUCAUUAUUUUUCCCUCUGGCCAUAUAUAAUAAAGUUGUAGUGUUGUUGGUCAGAAGGUUUGUCCAUGACAGGAUAUAUAUGUAAUUAAGUGAAAGUGAUCGAACCGAUUUUCUAGUGAAAGCUAUGAAAUUAUAGUAUGCUGUUUGUGAUCA